CGCCCCGGCGGCACCGCAAGCUACGGCGGCUGUGUCCGCACCGCCUUCCUCCUCCUCCUCCUCCUCCUCCUCCUCCUGCCGGCUCGGCUCCGCUCGGCUCGGCGUCCCGCCCGGCCGCCCCGCGCGCGGCUCCCGCCCUCUAUGGAUGGGAAGGCAGCACCCAACGGCGUGGCCACCAUCGAGGACAGGAUCUUGCGGAUCACGGGCUACUAUGGAUACUACCCGGGCUACUCCAGCCAGAAAAGUGCCUCACGAUCAUCUGUCAUCCAAUGCAAGCCAGGAGGCAACUGCCCCAGCAGACACAGAGGCAUGACUAGGCAGCUCUCCCCUCUAUCUGUUGCUGAAGAUUCUGCUGCUCCCAUUCUUGAGCUGCAGAAUCGAAGUCCCUCGGGAAUCUAUCGGCACAGCAGAGUCGAGAGGCAGAGCAGAUCAGGAGAGGAAGGAACACAAACGCACACAGAGAGCAGCAGCCAAGAAACUGAAGGACAGACACGAUGCCAGUCUUGCACAUCCACAUUUCUCAAGCUUAUCUGGAGAUUUCUGAUCAUUUUGUCCGUCUCCUCCUCCUGGGUCGGGACCACACAGUUUGUCAAAAUCACGUAUGAGACCUUUGACUGUCCUUUUUUCAUGACUUGGUUCUCAACAAACUGGAACAUUAUGGUUUUUCCCAUUUAUUAUUCUGGGCACCUUGCAACUGCACAGGAAAAGCAGUCUCCAAUCAAAAAAUUCAGGGAAUGCAGUCGGAUUUUUGGUGAAGAUGGUCUGACGCUGAAGCUCUUUCUUAAAAGGACUGCUCCCUUUUCUAUUCUGUGGACUUUGACUAACUACCUGUAUUUACUGGCUUUAAAGAAGCUGACAGCCACAGACGUCUCUGCCCUAUUCUGUUGUAACAAAGCUUUUGUCUUCCUGCUUUCUUGGAUUGUGCUGAAAGACAGGUUCAUGGGAGCAAGGAUAGUUGCAGCAAUAAUGGCAAUCACAGGAAUCGUAAUGAUGGCAUAUGCAGAUGGUUUCCAGGGUGAUUCAAUUAUCGGGGUAGCAUAUGCUGUUGGAUCAGCCUCUACAUCUGCAUUGUAUAAGGUUUUGUUCAAAAUGUUUCUCGGAAGUGCAAACUUUGGGGAAGCGGCUCAUUUUGUUUCUACCCUGGGCUUCUUCAAUUUAAUUUUCAUCUCUGUAACCCCGAUCAUACUGUAUUUUACGAAAGUGGAGUACUGGUCCCCCUUCUCUGCUGUGCCGUGGGGUUAUCUGUGUGGCGUAGCCGGCCUCUGGUUAGCUUUCAAUAUUCUGGUUAAUGUUGGCGUCGUGCUUACAUACCCCAUUCUGAUCUCUAUCGGCACAGUGCUCAGCGUCCCUGGAAAUGCAGCUGUGGAUCUGUUGAAGCACAAAAUGAUCUUCAGCGUAGUGAGGCUGGGAGCCACCAUCAUCAUUUGCAUUGGGUUUCUGCUGAUGCUGCUCCCUGAGGAAUGGGAUGAAAUAACCCUGAGGUUCAUCAACAGCUUGAAAGAGAAGAAAAGUGAGGAUCAUGCCGACGACAUCACAGACUCCAGUGUACACACGAGAAGCAGAAGUAGAGCUAAUGGGACAGUGUCUAUACCACUAGCUUAGGGCUGGUGGACUUUAACUGCACGCAGAUGUAUAUUCUGUGAAUAUAGCUUAAAUUUCCUCACUACUGGUAUGCUUAAAAAUGACAUUUACUCUGAACUGGGGAUGAACUGUAAGAUAAGAGAAAUACGUCUAUAAUAAAUGUUUACAUUUAUACACUUAUCAAGGAA